AGUCUUGAAAGCCGAGGAAGGCACUCGCUUUCCAGCUGACGUUAACAGUCUAAGACAGACAGCUAGCUAGCUAAUCACUUUAGUCAACCAAAACUACCUUGAAAUUUGGAGAACGAGUUUUCCUAAUUUUGUGUAAAAAAAAAAAAAAAAGUUUAGCUAGCUAGCUGUCGUAAGUUCUUCGCUUUGUAAAAUGGUUGUGUUGACUAAUAACAAUAGCAACAAUGAAGAACAAGAUUAUAUAUGUCUCCCUGCCCUGAUUGAAGAGCGCCACAACUCAUCACCUGGCUCACCAGCCAAACGUGUGUCUCCUGCCAAGAGGAAGCAGUUCUUUAUCAACCAGGCCAUACGCAACUCUGACCUCACACCCAGAGCCAAAGGCAGGAAGAGCCAGAGACGACAGGAGAACACUCGUUACCUGGCCAACCUGCUGGAGAGAGAUGAGUGCUCCAAAGAUGAAGGUGAAAUGUGUGGGGACCCAGCCUCACCGUCCAUUUUCACAGAGGCAUGUAACAAUGGAAACUAUGUGCAGUCCUGGAACGACUUCAUGAAUCGCUCCGGUGAAGAGCAAGAAAAACUUCUGGCUCUUCUGGAAGAGGAGGCCAAGAGGAGCCGCACUGCGAAGCUCCCCAAAGACCAGAGAGAGGUGGACCCGGCCUACAGUGCUCAGGACUACUUUCAAAGGAUUGACCGAAGGCUGCGAGCCACACUGAAGCGCAAACAGAUUCCCCUUGGGACAUUGGAAGUCCUGGAGGAGGAUCUGCUGCGUUUUUUCGCAGCUCAGCCCCACUCUGUUUACACCACUAGGCUUGGCAGCAGCUUUGAGAGACUGCUGCUUCAUGCUGUCUGCCAGUAUAUGGAUCUAGUUUCAGCAAGUUCUGACUGCAAUGGUGCUCGUCAAACCGAGGUGGUGAACAAGCAAGAUGAAUUCCUGCCCCCGAGUCCGCUGCUGUCAGCCUACCUGGAGCAGUUGUUAUAAGGGGGGGGUAGUGGAGGGGGGGGGGGGUCACUGCCUCAGAGUGUAGCCUGUACUUACAUAGCCAGUACGACUUCGUUAAGCAGCUUUAGAGUGAAGAUAGGAGGUUUGCCUGUUGUGAAUGUACUGUAUGUUGUGCACUUGGAUGCCAUGCCAGAAAAAUGUAAUGGAGACAGGCUUGAAAGUGUGUCUCACAAAAUACAUAAAGCUUCAGGUUGUUCAUCCUGCCUAAAACUUAGUUUGGAUGGUGUGUUUGUCCUUGUUUUUGUGAGCAGCACAGCACAUCCAAAUAGGAAGGUUUUGAGUUUGCACAUCAUUAAUAUACUGUAGGUGUGAAUACAUUAUCAUCAGACUGCAUCACCUACCUAUUCUUCCCUAACGAUGGUACAGGGUACAUUCAGGUCUGUUUCUGCAUGAAAAAAAACCCAUUUAAUUCCUUCUCAUCUAUCUAUUUAAUUUAGAUAAUAUGCUUAUAGUGUGUUUUCAGUUUGCGUUUCCUAUAGAAUUCAAAAUGGGGCUAACUUUGGAUAAUUCACUUCAUAUCUAUGAGCUGCUUAUUGGUUAGAACAUGUAGGAAGAUUAUAUAGCCAUACUUUUCAAAGUUACAUGAAUGCCAAAUGGUCAGUGUUACAGGAUAUAAUUAGUUAUAUGAAUGUUUUCUGGCCUUAUUUUAAUAUCUAAGCAGUUCCGAUCUGGAUCAUGUCGCUAAGCAUCGUUCCAGUAGUAUAUGUACUGUAUAAAAAUUUAGUAAUAGCACAUUAGAAGGUAGAAAACGAUCAAUAUGAAUUAUUUUACAUUUCACUUAUAUACUUGCUUUUUAAACGAUAAAUAUAAACAAAUUGAUAUUGUCUUCUUGGAUUCCAUAUUUUCUCGUAAUGAAGUUCAACUGUACUUGCUCUGUUUCAGGGCAGUCAUUGUUGACGAAUUUGGUGCUGUUUUGUGUGUGCUUUUCUUAUGCAUAAGUCUGUAAAUCAUAGCUUGUAGUUUUUAACUGAAACACUUGUGAUCUGAACUAAAAUUCAUCAUUUACAAAUACAGGUGUUGGAGAUAUUCUGAAGGACAGUUUACAUGGCUGUGCACUUAUAUAGAAAUAUUACCAGUCUAUUAAUGGCAGCCAGUCAUUUGGUACUACUGUAUGACUGUGUUGCAGUAGCCUUGUGAAUUGCACCAAAUUCUAAGCACUAGGAAUAUCUUCAGACCUAAUGAACUCUUUUGCAGGUUAUAGAGAUCGUCUACUCUCAUUGGCCAACCAUUUACUAGCACUUAAGCCUUAUGUAUGCAUGAGGAUCUAUCGGUUAUGCCUAUUUAUAUAUACAUAGAUAUUUGCGUGCCUGUGUGUAUGCAAGCUGUUGUACCAUGGGUGGGGGGAGCUAACAUCCAGGUUAUUUGACAUUUUUGGGGAAUUUUUAUAUGAACUUGAGUUUAUAGACACUUCACCAGCCAGUGGUGUCAGUAACCAAAGUUGUGUGUGCAUGUGAUCAUUUAUCUGUGUUAAAAUGUCAUCUUCACCCCAAAGUCUCUAAAGUGCUCGGCCACUUCAGUUUGUGUUUAAACACAUCAUAUUUAUCUGAUUUUAACUGGUUUUUCCAGUGUGGGCAUUUUAAAGUGAUCACUUUGUGAUGUCACACCCUAACAUUUUCACAAACUGAUACACUGCUACCUUUACAAAUCUCGUGGUUAUAUACAAUUAAGCAUCUGUUUGACAAAAUAAAAAGAUAUGAGUAAUCAUCUCACA